AUGGGCAACUUUCUCGUAUCGUCCGUUUGUCGCGUCCACGGCCGUUCUGAAGCCAUGUACGCCAUCGUCAAGGCACAAGUGAGUGUACUACGUGGUCAAGAACUACGUGGCUCGCCUCUACAGCGACGAUGCGCGGCGCAACAGGCGGCGUUGCUACACGCUCUCUCGUCUAAAUUGACAUUGAGCGCUGCUGUCAUGAGCUGCUGGACUGUAGCCGCUACAGCUCGAGCAAGAGCUGCACUCAUUACAUUACUUGUGUUUAUAGCCAAGAAGUUUGUUGCAAGUACGAAACCAGAGCUUGUCAUGUCGCAGAAGGACGAGGACGACGUGUUUGACGAGUUUCAAGCGGUCUUUGAAACGUCGUCACGGCCACUAAAAACGAUCCGAGAGCUUCAAUACAAUGCCAAGAUGAUGGCGGAAGAUGUUACGAAGAAGAGGCAAGAAAAUGAGGCUAAAGAGAGCGAGAAUGGCGAGACAAGAGACGAUCUGGACGAAGAAUACGAGAUGCUGCCGGAAUUAAAAGAAGACUGGGCAUUUUAUGCUGAUUCCGAGGAGAAUCCGAUCGAGGAGAUUCAGGACAACAAGACGGAGGAAGGUGAACGACUGUUGCAGCUUGUCUCGAGCAUCUCUGACACGUUGAUGCACGUCGAAGAGUUUCUUGUUAGCGGCAAGCACAAUAAUUUUGAGGCUAUUACGAAGGACGUGGAUGAGCUUGCAGUAGAAGCCAGUGACACGGAGAAGAGAAGUAUCGUGCGCGUACUAUUGGCGUACUGUGCUUACAAUGAGGAUCUGAAUUACUCCAGUGACAUGGUCGUGACAGCAGAGGAAUGUCUGAGAGUAUGGCAAGGAGACGAAGACCGGGCUUUCAAGUCACUUGCAGUGCUCUGUCACGACGUUCCGCGUCUGUGUGCCGCCCUUGAGUGA